AUGCAUCUUUCACUGUUCGCGUCGUUCAUCGUUCUUGGUUCUCUUGUAGCAGCGCACCCUGGCGGCCACGCAGAACUUGUCAACAGAGCUCAACACGAGGCCCGGGCCCUCCAAGCUCGUAAGUGCGCGCCUGCCAUCGCCGAAUUUGAAAGAGUUCGCCGUGAGCGACGCGAGCUGCGCAUGGGCAGGAGGCAAGAGCCGUCGACCACUGCUACGGCUCCGAACCCUCACUAUAGCACUAUUCAAAAUUCGACUUGCGUUACCGCUCCGGAAGUCAUCGAAGGCCCGUAUUACAUCGGCAAUGAGUACAUUCGAUACGACCUUCGCGAGACCCAGCCUGGGCAGACCCUUGUCCUCGACAUCGGUGUUAUUGACACGACCACCUGCGAGCCUUUCGUCAAUGCGUUCGUUGAACUCUGGAAUGCUAACGCAACUGGGGCCUACGGUGGCUACGAAGGUGGCGACGUCAAGAAAGACACCUUCCUCCGCGGCGGGCAUUUCACGAACGACCAAGGCAUCAUCGAGCUUACGACGAUUUAUCCGGGCUUCUAUCGCGGCCGUACAGCCCAUAUCCAUACGAUGAUUCACAAAGAUUCUGAGCAGCAAGCUAAUGGUACGAUCAUUUCCUCCUCGGGCACCCUCACCCAUAUCGGCCAGUUCUUCUUUGAGGAGUCUUGGAACGAUGCGGUCUACGCCACCGAUCCGUAUACGGCGAACACGCAGGAACGCACCCUCAACAGCGAAGAUAUGUGGAUUGAGAUGGCCGGUGAUGGCGCUUUUGUCAAUCUCGAGAAUCUGGGAAGCUCCUUGGACGAGGGCUUGCUUGGGUAUAUCACUGUUGCGGUCGACGGAAAUGCGACAUACACCUACGAGAAUCAGAACACUCUCUGA